CUUGGGCACGUUCCUGAACUUCUCUGGAGCUUUUGUUUCAUUGUCAAUAAACUGAAGAUAACAAAACACCAACUUUGGCAGACUGUCGUGGGAAAUUGUGCCAGCGUGUGUGUGUGAACGCUCCCUCGCCCCGCGCGGUUCAGAGUGGCCGUGUGGAUGAUCUUAGUGGACCCGCGUUCAGAAUUUGACCUCGGGAGCUCCUGCUUCCCCGCAAGCUCCCCGGAUCCAGAGAAUCACCCACUGUUGGUUUUCACCCAAGCCAGAAACAGUCAAGACCAGAGAGCCACGUGAAGGGGAGGGCUUGCCAAAGGAAUUUUCCAGGUGCUCGAACGCCAGGACUUGCAGCUCCUGUGGGCAUUCCAGGCGGACAAAGCGGGAUUUGAGGAUCUGCUCCACGCUGGGCCAUGGCAGGCCGGGGCCUGUACGUGGCCACCCUGCUGACAGGGCUGCUGGAGUGCCUUGGCUUUGCGGGUGUCGUCUUUGGUUGGGAUUCCCUGGUGUUUGUCUUCAAAGCAGAGCAUUACUUUGAGGAGCUGUGUGAACCAAAUGCUGGGCUGUUGGGCAAUGCCACAGAGCAGGCUGCUGAGGACUGCAAUGCUCAGUAUGAGAAGUUCUCGCUCGUCUUCACCCUGGCAUCCUCCAUGAACAACUUCAUGACAUUCCCCACCAGCUACAUCUUUGACCGUUUCAAGACCACUGUGGCCCGCCUCAUAGCCAUAUUUCUCUACACCAGCGCCACGCUUACCAUAGCUUUCACCUCUGCAGGCUCAACUGUGCUGCUCUUCCUGGCUAUGCCAGUGCUCAGCGUUGGGGGAAUCCUGCUUCUCCUCACCAACCUGCAGAUUGGGAACCUAUUUGGCAAACAUCGUUCCACUAUCAUCACCCUCUACAAUGGAGCAUUUGACUCGUCCUCUGCAGUCUUCCUUAUUAUUAAGCUGCUUUAUGAACAAGGCAUCAGCCUCAGGGCCUCCUUCAUCUUCCUCUCAGUCUGCAGUGCCUGGCACGUCACGCGUACCUUCCUCCUGAUGCCCCGGGGUCACAUCCCCUACCCACUGCCCCCCAACUACAGCUAUGGCCUGUGCUCUGGGAACGGCCCCACAAAGGAGGAGAAACCAGCUGAGCAUGAGAACAGGGAGCUGCAGUCAAAGGAGUUCCUUUCACCAAAGGAAGAGAUCCUAGGACCAGGGCAGCAGCAGAAACCCCGCUCUUUCUGGAGCUACGUCUUCUCUCAGCGCUUCGCCUGGCACCUGGUGUGGCUGUCUGUGAUACAGUUGUAUCACUACCUCUUCAUCGGCACUCUCAACUCUCUGUUGACCAGCUUGGCGGGCAGGGACAGGGUGAUAGUCAGCACCUACACAAAUGCCUUUGCCAUCACUCAGUUCUUCGGAGUGCUGUGUGCCCCCUGGAAUGGCCUGCUCAUGGACAGACUUAGGCAGAAGUACCAGAAGGAAGCUAAAAGAACAGGCUCCUCCACCUCAAUGGUGGCCCUCCACUCGGCAGUGCCCUCGCUGACCCUGACGUCCCUGCUGUGCCUGGGCUUCAUCAUCUGUGCCUCAGUCCCCGUCCUCCGCCUCCAGUACGUCACCUUCAUCCUGCAAGUGAUCAGCCGCUCCUUCCUCUACGGGGGCAAUGCUGCCUUCCUCACGCUCGCUUUCCCUUCGGAGCACUUUGGAAAGCUCUUUGGGCUGGUGAUGGCCUUGUCGGGUGUUGUGUCCCUGUUACAGUUCCCCAUCUUCACCCUCAUCAAAGGCCCCCUCCAGAAUGACCCAUUUUACGUGAAUGUGAUGCUAAUACUCGCCACGCUUCUGACGUUCGUCCACCCCUUCCUGCUGUACUGGGAGUGCCGUGCGCACAAAGAAAGUCCUCCUGCAGUCGCAUAGUUCAGAAGCCCUCACUUUUCAGCCCUCGGGAUGCUUUUCCUAAUCAUUCCCCCUUUGAGGACUCUGUGUCCAGAAAGACUCUGCCUACCCAGGCUACUUAUAUUAAGUAGCCAUGAUUUUUUCUUAAAAACAAAAACCCAAAACCUUAUUUAACUGCCAGCCUGGACUUCUGAUCAGCAAGAGAAAAAUCUCAGUAGCCAAGCGGAUUGAUGUCACACAGACCGAAAGCAAAGGCAGGUGGAGGCUGGAGUGUCUCCCUGCACGUGGCCUUGGCAGACCUUGGCCCCAGGAGAGGUGACGGGAGGAGGAGGGUUGCCACCUACUUCUGUAGGCCUGUUUGGCCCUGAAGCCUGUGUGUGCCUGGACCCUCCGCCGCCAGGUAGAUUCCCAGGUGAAGGGCGAGAUUGUCGUGGCCUCAGCUACACCGCCUGGCAUUCAGUGGCGGUCCCAGCCGCAGCCCCGGCUCUCCCUCAGUAGCACAGCCUUGGUGAGAGAACUGCAGUGAGCUUUGGGGGCAAGAGGAGCAGAUGGGGGGGGAGGCACGUCCUGGUCCUGGUCCCAGCUCCGCCACAGAUGCUGGAUGACCCUGGCUUGGCCCUUUUCUGAUCUGAGCAUCAUUUUCCCAUCUGUAAAAUGAGAGUGUUUUAGAGUUGAAGGUUCUUUCUAGAGCUAAUGUCCUAGAAGGUGUUAAGAACAGUGACAGAGUCAGGCCACCCCAAGGGCCUUGGGAACCAGCUGACAUGCUUGAGCGAUGGAUUUCUGAUGAACCAUCUUGGGGAUGUUUUCCUCUUCAGUAGUUAUUUACUUUGGACAUUUUAUAAAAAAUUCUCUGGGCAAUGAUUUUAUAGAAAAAUAAAGCCUCUGUGUCUAAGGCAA